GAGAGACCAACCGUAGGAUCCUGCGCAACCUCUGCGGUGACACCAGCGGUGGCGCCCACCGUCGAGGCGAUUUCGUGCCUCAUGACGCACGCCGAGGGAGCCUCUUCGGUGAAGGAACAUGUCCUGCAGGCGAACAGCAGCUUGUUCUCGGCCUUGUCUUCGCGGGGAAACAGCAGAUUCGAGCUGCGAAAGUCAGCAGUUGGGUGCCAAGGCAGCGCGGCCGACUCACCAGUCGGAGCAAAAGCGGAAGAGGAUCUGCUUGUUGGCGUCCUGCGCUCAGCCUCGGCGGGGGACGACAUGGCGAUGUGGUGUGCGUGGCGUGGAGUGGAGUGGAGUGGAGGAGUGGAGGAGUGGCACCGGGCGCAGACAGCCUUCCCCGCAUCCCAACACCAGGAUACACCACGGCCAACCUCACGCGCACCCACGCUCCGCAAAACUGGUCCCUGCCCGCUCUGCACUGCGCGCUGCCCCAUCACCCCCAUCCGAGCCCGUCCACUGCCAAUUGCAACCAUGUCGUCGAGCGAAACUGGCCUGCCCGAGGGCUGGGAGAUCCGCCGCUCCAACAGCAAGAACCUGCCCUACUACUUCCACGCCGCGACCAAGGACUCGCGGUGGGAGCCCCCCGCUGGCACCGACCCCGAGAAGCUGAAGCAGUACAUGGCCGCCCACCACAGCUCCAAGGGCGUCGCGCCCGCCAACUACGCAAACUCGGGCGACAAGAUCCGCGCCGCGCAUCUGCUCGUCAAGCACAGAGACAGCAGGCGCCCGGCCAGCUGGCGCGAACCCAACAUCACCCGGUCCAAGGAGGAGGCGCGCGAGCUCAUCGACGGCUACGAGGCCCAGAUCCAGGCGUACGAGGGCACCACGACUGAUAACGGCGCGGAGCCCAAGUCGCUCUCGGAGCUGGCGACGACCGAGUCCGACUGCAGCAGCGCGCGAAAGGGUGGCGACCUGGGCUUCUUCGGCCGCGGCGAUAUGCAGAAGGAGUUUGAAGAGGCCUCGUUUGCGCUGGAGAAGGGGCAAGUGAGCAAGGUUGUGGAGACGGCGUCCGGCCUGCACUUGAUCCAGAGGUUUGCACCACUCCGCCCGGCCGACGCUGCAGCACUGACGUAUCGCACAGAUUGGAGUAGGCCUGCACGAGAGCGUGAGGCAGGACUACAUGGACAGCACGGGUGA